GGGCUGCACGCAGCAUGUGAGCUGCGGCCCCAGCGCUCCGAGAGACCGACCACCGGCGCCGGGCUCCAGCAUGCGGUUCGCCCUGCUCCUGGGGCUGCUCCUCUCCCGAGCCGGAGACCUCCUGGCUCUGCCAAGGAGUGACUGCAUAGCAGCAGAACAACUGUGCCUCUUGGACUCUACUUGCAAUGGCACCUACAGGAUCCUGGAAAACUGUGCCCUGGCUAAGACUCGCUUCCUUCCACUGGACCAUGAUACCAGGGUCCAAUGUUUGAAUGCAGAGCUAGACCUCGGGAACAGCUCUUUGCUGCACUGCAAGUGUCACCGGCGCAUGAAGAGACAGGAGCACUGCUUACGUGUUUUCUGGACCAUUCACUCCAGCAUGACAGAUGGUUAUUUCAAUUUGGAGACCUCUCCCUAUGAGAAUCCAGCAAAUGAAGAACACUGGAAGACAGACUAUAAUAAACUGGCAGCUCUGUUAUCAGGCUCACAGUUAGCAAGAGAUGCAACAAAUCCAUGCCUAAAAGCAACUCAUGUCUGUAAUCUGAGCAAGAAGUGCGUUCGUCUGCGCACAGAGUAUGCCUCUAUCUGCACCAAAGGAGCAGGAAGUGAGGACGUGUGUGACCGUCGCAAAUGCCACAGAGGGCUGAGGAAUUUCUUUGAGAAAGUCCCUGAGGAUUUCACCAAAAGCAUCCUAUUCUGUCCAUGUCAAGAUGAGCUUUGUGGAGAACGACGCCGGAAAACUAUUGUUCCAAAUUGUUCCUUCCAGUAUAGCACCAAACCCAAUUGCCUCUGGCUUCUGGACUCCUGCUUAGAAGACCAUAUCUGCAAAUCCCGACUGGCUGACUUCCAACAAAAUUGUCAACCUGCAGACAUGUCUCCAGAUGGUUGUUCUCAGCACAGCCAUGCUGCAUGCCUGCAGGCUUACAUGGGGAUGAUUGGCACACCCAUGACACCCAACUAUGUCAGCAACUCGAGUGCGGAGGUAUCCCUGUGGUGCACAUGUGAGAGCAGUGGCAACCAGAAGGAGAAGUGCGACCAGAUACUCAGCAUGUUUGAGAACAACAAAUGCCUUGAAAAUGCCAUUUGGUCUCAAAUGCACCUGAAACAGACAGCUCUAGAAAGACAGGAAGACUUCUUUUAUUCAUCUUCCCUAAGCUUCCAAGGAGACAGUGCCAGCACAUCUCUUGCUUCAGAAAUGUCCCAGGUGGCUGAAGGGAAGACACAGCGAGACAUCUCCAAACACAGCAGUAUGCCUAUGGCCUCCUCAGUAUAUUCUGGAGCUGCCGUUUCUUGGCCAUCCCUGGCUCUGUUCUUGCCCCUGUGGCUGAGCCCACAUUAACUUGGCAUAAAUGGCAUCUUUCCUUCCCAUAUUACUAAUUUUAUUUCACAUCCAGGCACUUCCCACUAUGGAUUUACCUUUGGAAAACAGAAGGCUUACAGAAAAGAGAAAUGGAACAGCCUUAACCCAGAACAGCAGUCACUGAAAACUUCCCCACCUCGCACCCCACUUUCCCCCCACCAGUUUGCACUGAACUCUGCAGACCUAGUGCCCACCAUUGCUUCUGUCAUGUUAGCAUUUUGAGUAACAGUCAGGCUAAUACUUUAAAACAAAGGCCUGAGUUCUGACAGAACUUCUGCAGCAUUCAGAUUCUGAUUGCAGGGAGGGACCCAACACCAUGCACCCUACUGCUCCAUGUUCUGGAGCUCUUCCUCAAGCAUACAAUCAUAGACUGGUUUGGGUGGGAAGGGAUCUUAAACCUCCUCCAGUUCCAACCCCCUGCCACGGGCAGGGACACCUUCCACUAGAGCAGGUUGCUCCAAGCCCCUGUGUCCAACCUGGCCUUGAACACUGCCAGGGAUGGGGCAGCCACAGCUUCUCUGGGCACCCUGUGCCAGCGCCUCAGCACCAUCAUAGUAAAAAAUUUUUUCCUUAUAUCUAACCUAAACCUACCCUCUUUCAGGUUAAAAGAGUGCAGUACAGUGUCCCUCUCGCUACAGACUUUGCUAAAAAGUCUCUCUUAUGAUCCUCCUUUAUAUACGUUGAAAGGUCCCAGUAAGGUCUCCCCAGAGCCUUCUCUCUCCAGGUGAAACCAUACCAACUGUCUCAGCCUUUUUUGACAGGAGAGGUGCUCCAGCCCUCAUCAUUUCUCUGGCUCUGCUCUAGACCUGCUUGAACAGGUCCAUGUCCUGUCACUUGACCUUGCUGAUCUUCAGGAGGUUCACAUGGCCCACUCCUCAAGCCUGUCAAGGCAUGGAGUGCAGCACAACAUCCUAAAGGCUAGAAGUCCAUGCUCCAGAGUGGGUAGCAAGUAAAGCUCAAUAAACAUACAUAUAAAGUCUCUGGUAAACACCAGUUCUGGAUUACUUUCAUUUCCCUUUUCAAAGCCAUUUCAAGUAUGAAAAACACCAUCCCAGAUCAAGGACACUAGAGUUUUAUAUUCUUGCUCCUUUAUGGCUUGCCCCUUGCAACAUGUAUAUAUAUAUAUAUAUAUAUAAUCAUCACAGCUAGCAACAGACUUGGAUUUUGUGGGUUAAAAUGGAUUUCUGUGCUCAACCCCAGUAAAUUUAUCUAGCAAAGGAUGACCUUGCCUGGCCUCAGGACAAACCUUAGUAACACUUAGAGAAUGCAUAUAGCUCACUGACCACAAAAUCCCUGGGAUAUUCAAGCUGCGAAAAUCUGUGGGAGCUGCAACUACCUUGUACCUCUCCACAUAUUCGUUAUCACUGUCCCCUGCCACGCUGCCUGCCCAAUCUCUGCCAAGCUCUAUUUCAUGACCUGUUUAUUCUGAGUGUAAAUGUGUGCACUGUGUAACUGCUGUUAUUUUGUACUGCAUUUGCCUGUUAAAAUGUGGUGUUAAGUGAAUAUUGAUUUCUGAGCAUAGGUUAAUAGUCCACAAUCAAUUGUGUGCAAGAGUUGCCUCAUCAGCCAGCCUACUCUUUCAGGAUAUCUGGAAACUCGUCUCAAAGCAGCUGCUCUGUGCACACAAUAGUGCCCCUUGCUUGUUCUAUGAGAUAAAACAGAUCUGCACAGUAUUACCCAUAGCCAGACAAUAUUGCAGUCUUGAAUAUAUUCAGAACAUGGGUGUGUUUAUUUUUACCCUUUGGUUUAUCUGUUGCCAGGGAAGCAUCAGCUAGGUAAUAUGCUGUGGCUUCCAGUCACUGUCAGACACCUUCAUAUUACAGAAUCUCAUGUUGUCUCAUGUAUCAGAGUAAUUGUCCUUCUCCAGUGGUAACAUCUGCAUUUCAGAUUCCAGCCUUCUGUUUACUUCCUGGGCAGGAAAUCACUGCAUGGAGCAGAAACAUCUCUGUCACACAGAGAAGCAACACCUUACUUCCAUGCAGUAGGAACAAAUAUGUCUUUUAAUAAAGAGGAGUAUGAAUGCUGGUAUUUCUGAUUACCUACCACAAUAUAGUUGUUUGGAUCAAGAGACAGGACUGUUUCCAUGUGUUUGCUACCCCUCUUUAAUGAAAACAGAGUCCACGUUACCAUAUUCUAGUAUCUGUACUAGACCAUCCCCCAUGUGGUUGGACUAGAAACAAGUCAUGAUUCUUGACUAGAGUAACACUGUCAUCUCCAGAAUUCAGUGGAGAGUUACAGGGAAGAAAAAAAUGUUCUUUGCAAUGUUCCACAUAUCAGUGAGGGUAUUUGUGAGAAUAUUGGAGUAUAUUUCCCUGAGCCGUCUGACCACACACACAGUGACACAGUGUACUGCAUUCAUCUUCCACUCAUCUGCACUGUGAUCUUUCCUCUUGCCCCACUUUUUUGUUCUAAGACAGGCUGAUAUGGAAAAAGGUAUCUGCAUUUUGUUGUUCAUAUUCAGGACAUGGUGGACCUUUAACCCCUUACCCCUAAGUUACUGAUUGCAGUUGCAGCCUCCUGUCAUGUCCUGGAUUACAUAGGAAAAUGGUUGACACUCAGACAAAUCCCACUCUAGACUGAGAGGAAAGCAAAACGUGUCAGUUUGGGGUUUUCUCCAAGUGUCCUGUGUUCACUUCGCAUAUACAUAUGCACCUCUAUAUACACAGCUGCCUCUCAGGCUUGUUCAUCAGUAACUGCAAACAAAAUUCACCUCUGAAUAUUCCCAGGUACUCACACUGCUGUGAGUACAAACCCAUUUUCACUUAGACUUUUGUAACACCUGUUAUCCAAAUAUCAGUUAUUCAACUACACAGCAUACAUGCAUGCACAAGUACAACUACUGCUAGAAAUGUCAGCCAGUAUCAGUUCAGUUCUGUUAGCACUGCCAAUGUUCAAAGACUGCCACAGUUACCCAAAUCCUUUCAGAACAGUUCUUACUAAACAUAUUAUAGGGCAAUUUACAAACCUCCCUCAGCUUCUAGUCCCCAGAAACUGAAAUACAACAUCCUGUGAGUACCUUUGCUGCAAACACAAAAAAUAAUUUAAUAAAAGUUCUCUAUCUCAACAGACUUAACCUUGAGCUCUCAGCAAGCAAGUAAAAGGAGGGAACCUUCUCGUUGUAAGGUAGAUUAUUUUUAAAAGUAUAAAAUAAUGCCAAAUCUGACUAAUAAAAUUUAUCCUGCAACUCUA